AACUCGUGCUAUGUCUCUGACCUGCGCUCUCCGUGUUGCAUGUCUCUUCAUAUAACAAGCUGCAUCGCUAGAUUAGGGGUCCCGUGAGAACGGUACGAGACAGGAUGAGCAGCGUCACCCAAUUCGUCAGCGAGAUAUGGUCGCUCUUUGCCGUCGGUGUCGCCGUCACGCUGGUGCGCAUCUACGCCAGGACCAAGGUUGUCGGCUUCAAGGGCUUGCAGCCGGACGACUACCUUGCCUCGAUAGCCCUCCUUGGCUUUGCCGGGAUGGCUGGCAUUGCCUUUGUCGGAGGGUCCAUGUAUCACAAAGAGAUGGCGGGUGGCAUGCUGCCUGAGCAGAGGCCUGGGGAGAAGCCCAGCGCCGAGGCACUGGCCAUCCGAGUCAAAGGCAACAAGCUGCACUUUGCACAAUGGGUCGUCUACGCCACAACGCUGUGGACACUCAAGUCCUCCUUGCUGGUCCUGUACAUGCGCCUGACUACGGGGCUGGCCGGACGCUUCGCCUGCCGCAUCAAGGCCGGCUUCAUCAUGGUCGCCGCCACAUGGGUGGCAGUGAUGCUCACCAUCUUCCUGUCCUGCCGACCAUUCACCGACUACUUCAAGCCCAAUGUGAACGGAAGCGCGGUGUGUCGCGCCGCCAUCUCGCCGCCGAUCGUCUGGACGUGCUAUGCCUUGAACGUCUUUACGGACCUGUACCUCAUCACCCUGCCCAUGCCGUUGCUGUGGAAGACGUCGAUGAAGACGUACAAGAAAGUCGGCCUCGGUCUCCUCUUCAGCGCGGGAGCUGUGAUCAUCGUCUUUGCCACGAUACGCUGCGUGUUGAUCUACAUUGAUCCCAAGGACGGCGCGCCCGUCUCGGGUACGUGGGCUGUCCGGGAGACAUUUGUGGCCGUCAUCACGACCAACUUCCCGACGUCUUUCAGUCUCGUCAAGACGAUGCUGGGCUCGACCUUGAAAUCCCUCCGGAGCACCCAGCACACCGAGCAAGAGGGCAAGAAGCCUUCUGAGCUACGCACUUUCGGCAGCAGCACUAGAGCCAGCAAGAAGAUACGCGGAGUAGGUGACCCGACGGCGACCAAUAUGCUAUUCUCCGCGAGCGAGGAGCAGAUAGUGAACGGGGGCAUGCCAACGCCAAUGGAGGAAGGGCGAUGGUCUGACCCAACUCUGGGCUCAGAUGGAGCGCAGGACGAGGAGACGGUUGAUCGUGUGAACACGCCUAAGAUAGGAUAAGCAGUUUGAUGAAUGUGAUACUGGCGAGCACUGCAGCUGACGUCGACGUCGACGACGCUAUCUACAUCGCGCGUGCUGAGUCCUGACUCUGCUGAGCAAGCUGACGCCGGCCAUACGAGACCGAGCGCGCAACGUCGAGAGUCGAGACAGUCGCUGGCGUCUUGGCCAAAUCUUGGUAUGAUCAAUACAAAUACAGGCUGAUCGGC